AUGUCUAAGUUACUUUGUUUUAAGACGAUUGGUCUUUUUUACUUAUUUAUGAUCUUAAUUAAAUUCCAAUUUUAAACUCCUCUAAGGGUGACUACAUAAGUUUUUAUGAAAAGAGAAGAACCAGAUUCCUUAAAAUCGAACCCAAUGGCAAAAUUAUUUACAUCACAGCACAUUCUAAUAGCUCUAGGGGAAAUUAUAAUAUAACCAUAUGGGGAAGCAAAGAUGAGUAUUGUGACAACAGUUGCUCGAAUUUAGGAGAGUGCUAUGUAAAUAUCAGUUCUAUAAAAGGACGAUGGAUGCGAAUGUAUAGCUGGGUAUGUAGGAUCUGAUUGUCAUUAACAGGCGUUGGAAAUUCUAGAGGAUAAAAAUUACAUAUACUUUUACGGAGAUGAGACUUAAUUCUUCUAUCUGAACAUAGAUAAUUACGAUUAAAUGGACAUUGAAUUGAAGCUAAGUACUAACAGCUACUAAGGGAUUGAAAUAAUAUUGCAACUAACCAAUGCGAUAAUCAUUCCAAGCUAAUAUCAAUUGAGUAAAGAAGAGAGCUAUAUAUAACAAUACAAAAUAUAUGACACUUAGCCAUAAGAGCUUAUCUAUCGUAGUCUUAGUUCUUCCAACGACAAUAUUUAGCUGGUUUUUGUAGCAAGACCUAUAAAUAGUCCCUUGGAUACAAUUGUUAGCACUUUAACGAUAGAACUCUCAAAAUAUGAUAAGUCCGAAAAUACCUUUUCUAUAAUUGUAAUAAUUAUUAUUGUCGUUGUCAUCUCAGUAGCAGUGAUUAUAAUUAUUAUAUUGUUUUUUGUAUGCAAAAGCGUUAGAAAGAGAAAAAUGCUAAGAAUGUAAGCAAGGUUAAGAAUGGCUAGAUUAGAAGGUUAGCAAUAAAAUCAGAUCACUCAAUAACAAGAUUAUGAGAAUCUUUAUGAUUUACUCACUCCAAUUCCUUUAUAAGAUUGUAAUAAUUAAGAUAGUUGUGCCAUUUGUUUAGACAACUUAAACAAUAAUUAAGAAGUCAGAUAAACCCAUUGCCAUCAUAAUUUUCAUUCUCUUUGUAUAAGAGAGUGGCUUUAGAAAAAUAAAAAAGAAUGUCCUGUUUGUAGAUCAAAUUUGGCGAUUAAAGAUGUUAAGACCCAUCAAGAACCAAAUCAAUGA